AUCGCUGAAGGGAAAUUCGAACCUGAUCAUGAUGAAGCUGAAAAUGGUGAAACCGAUGAAAAUACAGGCCAGAAAGCAAUGAAUAACCCAUCUUCUAAACUUGAGAGGUUCGAAGCAGCAAAUGAUCGACCGCUUUAUGGGCUCAAACUACCCGAUCUCCGAAUGAUCUGUGAGAGAUGGAUAAAUAAAGUGAGUAAGUAUAAAAUGAUGUACAAGGAAGAAUUAGAAAAAGAUGUAUUGUACCUUCUUGAACUUGAGGCACCAACAAACCGAAAUAGAAUAGGAAAACAUAAGGCAAGAAGAAUCAGAAAGUUUAUCAAACAUGUAGAGAGACCAAAUUCGGAAGAAAAUAGAUCGUGUGUGCAUAAAUCGAGGCCAGACCAAAAGU